CCCCCUGACUGACACCCUGCGAUUCCUGUGGUUCCCCCUCAUCCUGUCCCCCAGCACCCAGCCUCAGCGCACUGGGGUUCUGUCGGUGGUGGAUUGGACUCUCCUUGGACGCUUUAUUAAGUGGCUAUUCGGUCUGGCGCCGCCUCCCCCUGGGGCCGGCGUGCGCUCCCAGCAGCCCGUGGUGCCCUGCGCCGACCCCUCCCGAGCCCAUGUUCAGGGAAUUGCGGUGCGUCCGCCAGGAGCCAUGUGCCUCCCUCCACCCAGCAGCAUGGACAGUAAGCAACAGGGGCCGGUGACCGGGGGAGGGGUGAGACCACAAGAUGGAGGCGUUUCUCUGGAGCCCUUCAUACACCAGGUGGGGGGUCACACCAGCAUGAUGCGGUACGAUGACCACACCGUGUGUAAGCCUCUGAUCAGCAGAGAGCAGCGCUUCUAUGAGUCUCUGCCUCCUGAGAUGAAGGAGUUCACUCCUGAGUAUAAAGGCGUGGUCCUGGUGUGCUUCGAAGGCGAUUCCGACGGCUACAUCAACCUGGUGGCGUACCCCCACGUGGACAACAUGGAGGGCGUGACGGGGGAGCUGGAGGAGAGGGACCCCCCGGAGAGGGAGCAGCCGAGGCGGAAGCAAUCCCGGCGCAGCCUCCGCCGAUCCUCCUCCUCCUCCGAGUACAAGGAGGAGCGGACCGAGCGGAGGGAGUCGCACGACACCGACAGCUCCGACAAUUUCACAGAACUGAAGAGUCCCCGGCUGGACCCAAAGCUCCACUCAGACGUCCCGUUCCAGAUGCUGGACUGGAACAGCGGCUUGGCCUCGGAGAAUAUCAGCUACAACCCCUGGAGCCUGGUGUGCCACAAGCAGCAGCUCAACCGCAUGAGAUCCGAGUCCAAGGACCGCAAGCUCUUCAAGUUCCUGCUGCUGGAGAACGUCGUCCACCACUUCUCCUUCCCCUGCAUCCUGGACCUGAAGAUGGGAACCCGGCAGCACGGCGACGACGCCUCGGAGGAGAAGGCGGCCCGGCAGAUGAAGAAAUGCGAACAGAGCACUUCGGCGACGCUGGGCGUCAGAGUGUGUGGCAUGCAGGUGUACCAGCUGAGCACCGGGCACUACCUCUGCAGGAACAAGUACUACGGGCGCGGCCUGUCGAUCGAAGGCUUCCGCCAGGCGCUCCACCAGUUCCUGGACAACGGGAAGUGCCUGAGGCAGGACCUCUUUGAGCCCAUCCUGAAUAAGCUCCGCAGCCUGAAGGCGGUGCUAGAGAGGCAGGCAUCCUACCGCUUCUACUCUUCCUCGCUGCUCAUCAUCUACGAGGGAAAGGAGCCUGAAGCCGCCCCGGCGCCCGGCCCUGGGCAGAGCGCCGCCUGGCAGCAGAAGACCCCCGCUGCCCCUGCAGAGCCCCUCCCUGCUCCCUCUCCUCACUCCGACACUUCCAGUGAAACGGACUGCAACCAGGACCAGGACUCGGUACUGGAGCUUCUAUCCUCUCAGGAACCCGGACAUUCGGCGCCAGACGCGCCCCCCUCUCCCUUCCCGCCCAUCGUGACGGACUGCUGCCCCUUCGUGCCCUGCCCCCCGUCCAAAUGCCCCUCCCUGCCGCCUCAGCAGCCCUCUCUGGUGGACAUUCGCAUGAUCGACUUCGCCCACUCAACCUACAGGGGUUUCCGCGGUGACACAGCCGUGCACGACGGUCCGGACUCGGGCUACGUGUUCGGACGAAACUUGAUCCGGAUUCUAGAGAGCCUUCGAGACGAGAACCUGCCGUAGCUCCAGAGGCUCCCGUGCGGUUCUGUCGGACCAAAUCGGCUCGGUUCUGUUCUAAAAAUAACAAAGAAAGUCCUCCCACUCUA